GGUCCUCUCAAAUGCCCACUCUGUCCACUCUCCACAAGUUGCUAGAGUUUAUGAUCAAACUCAGGAAAUUCAUGAAAGAGGAAGAGAAGUAUGGCCCUAUUCUCACAACGAAACACUCCUUAGGGAUCCUUAUUUCAAUGGUGAUUUUAUUAGUUAUCCCUUGCUGUCUCGUGAAAGGGAUCAGCGUAUUGCACACAGAGAUGUGACUUCCAUACCAAGAGGGGAAAUUCCUCGUGAAUUAUAUCUAACUGAAAGGGAGUAUCGAGCUUAUGGUCUUCAGGGAGAGAUAAAAAAUUUAAGUACCCCAUCCCAAUUUACACCUACUUUAGAAAUGUACCAGAAAGAAUAUGAAAGAGAGCACCUUCCAAGACAGCCAGACUAUCUAUACAGGGAUGCCAUCCCUGCGCAGAGAGAAACUCUUAGUAUUGACCCUCUCUACAUUAAUGAGAAAGAGUAUCAGGCUUAUGGUCUUGGUGCUAGACGAGAAUUGCCACCCGCAGUUCCUGUAGCAACUGUGACAUCUGCUACUGCUUUAGGCUCCUAUGCAAAUGAUCCAUAUUACGCCUAUCGUUAUGGUGCUUUAUCAGGGGACCCAUAUUUACCAUCUGUGAGGAGAGAGGAAGUCCCUUCCAGAUCUUAUUCUGUUGGUGGAACGUUUCCAGCAGAGACUGCACAUUUACGCAGGAUAGAGACUGAUCAAGGAGCGGAUAGGUUAUACUCCACAUAUGCUGCUGAUGCCCUACUGCGUUAUAACCAGACAGAGAACCGUCCGGUUGCCCAGCCUGAAGCUGUAUCUGUCACAGUUUCAUCUCGGUACUCUUUUGCGGGUCCAUCAUUCUCAUUCCGCUGACUGAAUUUGCAUCAUUAACCCCCCUUCCCCCCUCCCUAAAACCCUCUUUAAUUUUUUCUCUCACUUUCCUUUUGUUAUAAAUGAUAUUCAGAUAUCAGAAUUAGUUGAUUACCCCAUGAUGGUAUUUAGGCUCCGUAAUUUAUUGGCAGUAUGUUAUGUUACAUCUUUGUUAGUUAUCACCUAGUGCCUUGCACAUGUAGCGAAUGGCAGGCAAACUCAUAUUGCAUAGGGUGGCACUGGACUAUAGGCUAAUAAAUAGGCACUUUGGGUUUCUGCUUGUGGGCUGGUGACAUGGGUAGGUACAUUUUUCACUAGCAUUUUGUAUGGAUGAUAGAUUUGGGCUUAAGAUCCGAUGCAAGCUGAGUUUGAGCCCAAAUGAUGUUACCUUAAUCAAAAUUCUAUGUUGGUAUAUAACUGUUGCUGCUAUAUAAAUUUACAAAUAUCAUAACUAUUGCUGCUUUAUAAAUUUACAAAUCAGG